UCUUCAACCCCUGGCCUGUGAACUUGUUCACCCUUCUUCCCUUUCUCACUUACCACUCUCCUCCUUCUUUCCAAAACACUCCCUUUCCCUUUCUAUUCACUUCCCCUACCCUUCCGUGAUGAUGUAGAUAGAGAAUAAAAAGAGACCAGUGUGCAGUGAGAAAGAGAUUGCUCACUUCUUGUGUGGGUUUGUUUUGUUCUUUGUGUUGGAAUUUGUUCAUGGGUGAAGAAGGAGAAGAGGUGUCAAGAGAGAAGGAACAAUACAUGGGAGUUUAUGGAAAUGAGUGGUUGUAUUGUGGUUGCUUUGCAAAUUGGCGCCGUUUAAGACACCAGAAUUCCUGUUCCAUGCCUUUUUUCAAGUGAAAAAAAAAAAAAAACAAUUACUUGUUCUCUCUCAGCUUUUCUUCUUGAGAUCUUAAUAUACAUUGACUUAAAAAAAAAAUAAAGGGAUCAAAUUUAAGUUCCUUGAUCUUAAUAAAGUUCCGUGCUUUUGUUUGUACUCAUGAAGAGACUUGGCAGUUCUGAUUCUCUGGGUGCUCACAUGACGAUUUGUCCACCAACAGACGAACACAGUCCGAGGAACAACCACGCGUAUGGGAGGGAGUUUCAGUCCAUGCUGGAAGGACUCGACGAAGAAGGGUGCGUGGAAGAACCAGGGCACCACUCUGAGAAGAAACGACGACUAAGCGUGGAUCAGGUGAAGGCUUUGGAGAAGAACUUCGAAGUAGAGAACAAACUCGAACCUGACCGAAAGUUGAAGCUGGCACAAGAACUUGGCUUGCAACCAAGACAAGUUGCUGUUUGGUUCCAAAACCGUCGUGCCAGAUGGAAGACAAAGCAAUUGGAAAGAGAUUACGGCGUCCUCAAAGCCAAUUAUGAAUCACUUAAACUUAACUACGACACCCUCCAACAAGACCACGAAGCCUUACUCAAAGAGAUAAAGGAAUUGAAAUCGAGGCUGGUGCAAGAAGAGAACAACAACAACACUGAAAGCGAUGUUUCGGUGAAGGAAGAGAUGCUGACCACCACGCUCUGUGAAACCGCCAUUCCUGGAUCGGACACGAAGGAGUUGAGUUACGAGUGUUUUAACAAGAGUGAUGAGGUGGGAGGGGGUUCUUCUGUGUUCCAUGUGGAUUUCAAAGAUGGCUCUUCUGAUAGUGACUCAAGCGCGAUCUUGAACGAGGAGAACAACAACCACAGCCCCAACAAUAACGCGGCGAUUUCGUCGUGUGGGGUUCUGCAAAGUCACGGGCUUUUGUUGUCGCCUUCUUCGUCGUCGAUGAACAACUGUUUCCAGUUCCAGAAACAGUACCAGACGACGACGACGCAGUACGUAAAGAUGGAGGAGCACAAUUUUCUUAGCGCCGACGAGGCCUGCAAUUUCUUCUCGGAUGAACAAGCACCAACUCUGCAGUGGUACUGUUCAGAGGAAUGGAGUUAAGAGGAAGAAGCUUAAUGAGGUUUAAUUAAUUGAGAGCGAGGGAGGGCAUUUUGCAGGGUGUAUAGUAAUGGGAUUGAGAGAGAAACUUUGUAAAAAUGAAAUGCUGAAGAUUGAAGAAGAGAGGGAAUGAAUUGAAGAGCUUGAGAGAGAGAGAGGGGAGGGGGUUGAAGCACACGCAUGGCUUGGGGUCAGAGAUGAGAGGUUGAUGACGAUAAAAAGGGGUAAUAAUAAUACUAAUAAUCAUCAAUCUCUCGGCCGUGCGGGGGUAAUUUAUGAAUAAUAAUGAUGAUUAGGUCCUAAUGAAAUCUAUCUAUCUAGUGAGUAAUGCUGUAAAAAUCAGUCCACAAUUCACCUCUGCUUCCACUCCUUCCUCUCCCACCACUUUUAUCGGCUUUUGUAAUUUUAUCCAGACUUUAACUAGAUUAAUUUGUCCUUUUUUUUUA